AUGAUGGAUACAGGUGCAAAUCGAUUUUUUAUUUCAAUCAAAGCAUUAGAUCCAUCCUAUGAUAAGCAAUUUAUUAAUAAAUCACAUAGUCGUGCAAUUUUAGCUGAUGGUUAUACAUCUCUUUCUGUAUUUGGUACAAUGAAUUUAUUUAUUAUGAUGGGUGAUAUGUCAACUUCUAUUAAGGCAUUAUUCGUUAAAGAAUUAUGUGCAAAUUGUAUAUUAGUUUCCAUUAGUGAUAAUUAUAAACGUAUCACAUUAAAAUUUGAUAUUAACAAAGGUGAUAUAAGAUAUCCUGCACGCCUAAUUAAUAAUGUUCGGAUUCCACCAAAGUGA